UGCGCAUCACUGCCCUUGAUAUAAAUAGCAGGAGCGGAAUGAUAACAAAACUAGUUGCAAGUCAAAUGAGAUAACCAGAAUGCUUGCAAAAGUCUGGCUAAAAACCUUCUCGCUGAUAGCUUGUGGCGCGUUUGUGACAGCGGCAUCUCCGAUAAACGCUACACGGAGUACCUGUCAGCAAAAAUCGUACCGGGUGUACAACAACGUCGGAGUGACUUUCAUGGAAGCCUGGAGACGUUGCCAGUGGAACGGGCAACGGUUGGCCACCGUGAGUUCCGAAGCGGACAGUAAGUUGCUGGAAGCUGCGAUCGGGGCCUCAGCUGUUAAAACCGGGCCCUGGUGGAUUGCCGGAACCGAUCAGGGCAGCGAGGGGAAUUUCAUUUGGAUUUCAACUAACGUUGCGGUAGGAUUUGGUACCGGGUAUGAAAAUUUCUACCCAGACCAGCCUGACAAUGCCGGAGGAGCCGAGGAUUGCAUGGAGAUUGGACGCUGGGGUGGAGUGCGCUGGAAUGAUGCACCAUGUGGGUGGAAGCAGCGUUACAUUUGUGAGCAAGUGAGACCUUGUUAAAAGUGAGGAUUUCAAAUAAGCCCAAUACAAGUUUGAAAUAAAGUUAAAAAAACUUGGCAGCACUGCAAUUCAUGCUGUCUGUUUUGCCAGCUUUUACACUCCUUUUUCCAGCUGAAGCAUACGAA